AUAAGAAAGUACUCUUAAUAUCCAUCAGAACACGUGUACUUGUUCAAAUUAUAUGGUUACAACAGCUAAGUACUUAUUGUAAAGUUACCAAGAACGAUGACAUCCGGCAAACCACGGCCAUCUUCACGUAUGCAAAAUGGCGCCAUGUUUACGUUCAUACGCACCGAGACUGUCUAAGCUAGCUAAGUAUUUGUGAUGAUGUGCCUGAAUGUUGUUAAAAACCACGAUUAAAUUUUACUCAAUCAAGGAAAGGAAUACGAUUUCUUCUUGGCGGUUAAAACGGGUUUAGGCUGAUGCAGUCUGCAGAAGCAACAGACUCUUCUCUGAGACAUGGGAUGGAGUCUCUGGGUGUAAGGCAGGAAGACAAAGUUGAGGGGGUUAGACAAGAUGAAGAAGAAAACAGAAAAGAUGGGAUCGACGAGACAACAGAAGCAAACGAGAGAGCUGAGGAGAAAGUAGAUGGUGACAAUGAUGAAGAUGCUAUGGAAGAGGAAGAGCAUGGAGAAGAUAGAAAAGAGGAAGGUCGGACAGAGAUAGAUGGAAAUGAGGAACAGGAAGGGGAGGAAUGGGAUAUCCCUUGCAGCGACGAAGAAAUAGAAAACCCCCAAAACUGGACACCGCCACCUGCUGAAAUCAAGCGUCUCUAUGAAAUUUUGGCAAAAGGAGAGGGACUGGAGCUAAAUUGGAUUCCCCUUCCCCGUCGACCCCCCACCCCACAGCACACCCCCUCCCCUGAGAGAGAUGAUGACUCUGAAGAAGAGAGGGAGAGAGAAAGGGAGGAAAGAGCGCGCAAAGCCCCCACCCCCACGGAGUUUGAUUUUGAUGAUGACCAAACAACCGUUACACCCAAAAACACCUACAUCAAUCGCCGCAGGACACCAGGGUCCUCGGCUCGGUCCACAGUGCGACGAGAGGCCAGAUUGGACAAAGUGUUGUCUGACAUGAAGCGUCACCGCAAGAUCGAGGAGCACAUCCUCAGGACAGGCCGUGACCUCUUCAAAAGUGAGAACGGGAAGGCGGCAGGAGGAGGGGGGCAGGCUCUCUCUCCCAAUUCUCAGAGAGAAAGAGAAAAGGAGAGGGAGAGAGACAGUGACCCUAGUACCAUCUUUUCACCCAGACAGAGGCGGUACUGAGGCACCCAGG